CCAAUUGAGUCAUCAGCCUGCCACCCACCUGACCGUCUGACAGGUAAUUAGGAGAUAGUCCUCUUUUUGUGUAGAGCCUGUGCCUAAACCUCCGCAUGCUGGUGUCACUGCCCAUCGGGACUUCCAGAGGAAAGCUAGUCAGUGGCAAAAGAGCGCGGAGAGCACCUUUGUCAGCCUGUGCCCAACGAACUGACUUGUUUUCAUUCAAUUUAGCUUAUGAUUUUUUGUCUUUCUGGCAGCUACCUGAAAUUUCUGGCAGGAAAGUCGUCAUGGCAGACCUGGGCUGCAAAAAGCCCAGCGACUGCACCAUCUCCAGGCUACUCAGCGUAGUGGAGAGCGAACUCCGGGCAGGGAGAGACAAAGGCGACCCAACUGAGAAACAGCUCCAGGUUGUCUUGGAGGAUGCGACGCUCUGGCAGAGAUUCAGGGAAGUCACUAAUGAGAUGAUCGUGACCAAGAACGGCAGACGGAUGUUCCCUGUUUUGAAGAUCAGCGUGUCGGGCUUAGACCCAAACGCCAUGUAUUCUUUCUUGUUGGACUUUGCCCCAACUGAUGGCCACCGCUGGAAGUACGUCAAUGGAGAAUGGGUGCCGGCUGGGAAACCAGAGCCACCAAACCACAGCUGCGUCUACAUCCACCCAGAUUCUCCCAACUUUGGGGCCCAUUGGAUGAAAGCUGCCAUUUCCUUCAGCAAAGUCAAACUUACCAACAAGCUCAAUGGGAGUGGGCAGAUCAUGUUGAACUCCCUGCAUAAAUAUGAGCCCCAGGUACACAUAGUUCGCGUAGGAGGCCCCCACCGGAUGGUGAUGAACUGCUCCUUCCCUGAGACACAGUUCAUAGCUGUGACUGCCUAUCAAAAUGAGGAGAUAACAGCUCUCAAAAUCAAGUAUAAUCCCUUUGCCAAAGCCUUCCUGGAUGCAAAAGAAAGAAACCACCCCAAGGAUGCUCCAGAAACAACCUCUGAAGGUCAACAUAUGACAUAUUCUCACUUGAGUGGCUGGUUGAUUUCCAACCCAGAGACAAUGUGUGCAUCAGGCAGCUCUAAUUAUCAGUAUGCUGGACCUUUGCCUCUGCCAGCCCCACACACUCCCCAUGGCUGCGAGCGAUACUCAGCACUGCGAGGGCAUCGGGCUGCUCCGUACCCACCUUCCUACGUGCAGAGAAAUCAUUCACCUACAGUUAAUUUGUUGGAGAGCUCAAGCAAUAAUCUUCAGGUAUUCUCAGGACACGACAGCUGGGCUUUGCCAUCCUCUCCACAUGCUAAUUUGCUCUCAGUGCCACACACGAAGGGAGCUGCCAGCCCCGGACCCAGCCACUACCCUUGCCUGUGGACAGUGAGCAACACUGCUGUAAAUGUCGCCAGCCCGGGAAGCGAGGUGAACAGCAGCCCUUCGAGCGUGUUUCUGAGGGGUAAUGUCCCCUUACCUGCUUCAUCAUCAGUCCAAAUCCCUCUGCAGGGAGCGGUGUCUGGCAGCAUGGAAACGCAAGGGGAAACCGCUCUGGCCAGACUGGCCGACCCUGCCUGGACACCCUCAAACUCCUUUUAACGGAGAGGCAGCUCACCAGAGAAGCUCAGCCAAACAGAACUGACACAAGUGGCAAAUGACCUCCCAGAAUUGCAGCUCAGGGCAGGGAUGUGUAUGCAGAAAACCGACUUCAUCAAACAUCACUUUCCAUAAUGUACCUCUCAUGUGCCAGAGAAGUCAAAAUGCAUAAUGCAAAGGCAGGAAAUGUUAUGUGAACCAGCUUAUUACUAUAACCUUAUGACCUUUAUGUGUCGCUCAGGAUAUGAUGUUCAGAAAGAAUCUUUUAAAUUAGUUUUGCUUCUAUAUUACAUAAAAAAAUGGUCAGAGACAUGGGACUGAGUGAAGCCAACAUGGCAGCUGGUUAUUUGCUUGUCAUUUUGAGUCUUUUCUGUAACUAACAGCCAAGUUCAGGGGAAAUUGUGAGCAAGUUUGCAACUGAUAAUUUGAAGGGACAGCGCUGCUGAUUUUCUGAAUCUCUCGAAUGAAGGUUUUCAUAACGCCUGCAACUAAACCCUUCAGGGGAUUAAAUUAGUCUGAGACCCUAAUGCCACCUGCAUACAGUAUUCUCUGUCCCCUCCCCUUCCCCAGUUCCUGUUUGCUGUUUGUGUGCGAUAGGGAUAGUGGACACAAGCUGAGAAAGUGGCUGCAUUGUAGCAGCAGGGUGAAGGGCAUCUGGUUGAGCAUUUAUAGUCUGAUGUGACCGUCUUUGAAAUGAAAAGUUCCAAUGUUUUCUAUAUGUGCUAUUUUUGACAGGGUGGAGGGAAAAGAAUUAUAGAAAAAAGAUUCAGCUUGCAUUUCCACUUUGUUUCAGGUAUAGAGCUCAAAUAAAAUAUGAAUAAAUGGUG